AUUCCUGUCUUCCCUUUCACUUAUGGUUUCAUAACUACUCAUGUACCGUAUGCGUUUCGUCUCUCUUAGGAUUCCAAUUAUGCUGAUCUCGAAACUUCCUUCACGACUCACUUUUUCCAAGAUCUUCCGGUGAUUCUUUUCUUCCAAAACCCAAACCCAAACCCCCUGUUCUGCUCUUCUUGUUUGAUUGAUUGAUUGUGUAUGUGUCUCUGAUCGCUUCUUUCUGUUUUUUUCUUUUCUUUUUAAGAUUCAUGGUUGAUUAGUUUGAGGUUGGAUCUAUUCUCGGUGAUUGAAUUCUGAUGGAAUUACUGCUCAGAAUCUUGAAUUAUUCAUUGAGAUCUGCCACACAUCCUUUUCGGUCUCUCUCUCUUUUUUAUAAUUCGGGUUUUGGGAUUCAUCUCCGGAUUCUUUUUCAUCUCUUUGUGUUGCCUAUUUAUGGAUGCAUAUGUGUCUGUAUUCCGAUUCACAGAAACGAAAUUAAACAAAAUGAUCUACCUUUGCCAAGACUGACAAAAACUAGAUUUCGCAAUUGUGGCUUCUCCUUUAAACUAGUCUGGAGACUUUGAUCUGGAAGAGAAGACAAGUCUUUCUAUUUUGUGGUCUAGGAAAGUCCAUUCUAUCUAGAGUUGUUGGCUCUGCUGUGGAGUGGAUUGAUGUGCAAUGCAGAGAUCGCGUAGAGCUCUUCUGCAGAGAAGAGCGUUGGAGAAGGCUAACAGCGGGAGGAAUCGAUUGUAUAAGGUUUCUCUAUCGUUGGUGUUUGUUUUGUGGGGGCUUGUUCUGCUUUUGAGCUUAUGGUUCAGUCGAGGUGAUGGCUAUAGAGAUGGAUCUAUAGUUGGUGUAGCAACCUGGAAUGAAGGAAAUCAGGGACAUAAUAAAUACUGUGGUUCUGUAGACGAAAAUCCAUCAAAAGAAACUGGUUGUCUCCAUCCUUGUGAGGAUACGGGCACAAUUGCUCCUGAAACCAGGGAUUUUAAUCAUGAAGUGCUUACUAUUGAAGAAAACACAAGUUAUGAUUCUGCGGUUUUGCAGCCUAAAACAGAUCUCUCACAUUCAAGUGUUAAAUCUGAAAGCAGUGGCCCACAGACUGAUCGAUUGUCUCGUUCUGUGCCGCUUGGUCUUGAUGAAUUCAAAAGCAGAGCAUUCAAUUCUAAAAGUAAAUCUGCUACUGGCCAGGUUGGAGGUGUAAUACAUAGAUUGGAGCCUGGGGGUAAGGAGUACAACUAUGCUUCAUCUUCUAAGGGGGCCAAAGUGUUGGCUUUUAACAAGGAAGUCAAGGGUGCAUCUAAUAUCCUUGGUAAAGACAAGGACAAAUAUUUGCGGAAUCCAUGUUCUGCGGAAGAUAAAUUUGUUGUUAUUGAACUUUCAGAAGAAAUAUUGGUAGAUACAGUUGUAAUAGCAAAUUUUGAGCACCACUCUUCUAAUUUGAAAGAAUUUGAGCUCCUUGGCAGUUUCGUCUAUCCUACAGAAGUAUGGGUCAAGCUUGGGAAUUUUACUGCGGCAAAUGGGAAGCAUGCUCAGAGGUUCCCUCUUCCGGAGCCGAAGUGGGUGAGAUAUCUGAAAUUGAAUCUCCUGAGCCAUUAUGGUACUGAGUUUUAUUGUACAAUGAGUCUUGUUGAAGUUUAUGGAGUGGAUGCUGUAGAGCGAAUGCUGGAGGAUUUGAUCUCUGAUCAAGAUAAUUUGUUCAUACGAGAGGAAGAAACAGUUGACCAGAAACCACAGCCCUUGCAACCUGAGCCGAGUCAGGGUGGCGAUUUAUACCAAAACCCAACCAGAGAAACGGAACCUCAUUCUUCUUUUGAGAACUCAAAUGUGAAGCAUGAAGUUGUUAAGAAUAACGUCCCUGAUCUAUUUGAAGAAACUCAUCAUCAACAAGUUGGUAGAAUGCCUGGGGAUACUGUUCUUAAAAUACUGAUGCAGAAAGUACGGUCCUUAGACAUAAGUUUGUCUGUUUUGGAGCGAUACCUGGAGGAAGUUAAUACCAAGUAUGGCAAUAUUUUUAAAGAGUUUGAUAAAGAUAUAGGAGAAAAAGAUGCGUUAAUAGAGAAGAUUAGAUCGGACAUAAAGGAUCUCCUUGAAAACCAGGCAGUUAUUGCGAAAGAUCUUCAUGGACUUAUUUCUUGGAAAUCCUUUGUUUCCAUGCAGCUGGAUGUUCUACUCAGGGAUAAUGCUGCUCUCAGAUCUAGUGUCGAAGAGGUCCGGGAGAGUCAAAUAUGGAUGGAGAACAAGGGAAUUGCAAUUUUUCUUAUAAGCUUUAUUUUUGUACUCGUAGCUCUCGGAAAGUUAUGUGUAGAUAUGAUACUAAGUGCUUAUACAGCACUUUGUUUCGAAAGAACAGAAAGGUCCAGGAAAUUUUGUUGCAAUAGCUCUUCCUGGCUCUUGUUACUAAGCUGUAGCACUAUUAUAUUGAUACUAUCCUUAUAAUUUUUGUUACAUAAUCUUUUCCAUAUA